AAAUUGAAUCACCUAUUAAAGAUGCAAAUUCAGUAUUGAUGAAUAAUACCAGACAACUUCACAUUCCUAAAAAAUUAAUACAAGAAAAUAACUAUAAUCAUUUAUAUAAUGAGCUUAUUGACCUUUUUGAAGAAAAGG